CUCUGAACACGUUUUCCUUCUUGACACCGGCACUUCCCAGAAUCCUCUACGCCGUGACGCCACUUCCGUUACCCACCAGCCCCUCCGGUGUUUGGCUGCUAGCUGUUUCUGCUGCUACACGAGCAGUUGGUGAAUCCAUCACUGGUGCAGAGAUCCAGCUGUCACCAUGGGUGAAAGAAAAGGAACAAACAAAUACUACCCUCCAGAUUUUGAUCCAGCCAAGCACGGAUCCCUCAAUGGCUACCAUGGAACUCACGCUCUACGAGAGAGGGCCAGGAAACUGUCCCAGGGCAUCCUCAUCAUCAGGUUUGAGAUGCCCUACAACAUCUGGUGUGACGGCUGCAAAAAUCAUAUUGGCAUGGGGGUCCGUUACAAUGCUGAGAAGAAGAAAGUGGGGAACUACUACACCACGCCAAUCUACAGGUUUAGGAUGAAGUGUCAUCUGUGCGUCAACUACAUCGAGAUGCAGACCGACCCGGCGACCUGCGACUAUGUGAUAGUAAGCGGAGCAAACAGGAAGGAGGAGCGCUGGGACAUGGCUGAUAACGAGCAGAUCCUCACCACAGAGAGGACAGAGAAGGAGAAACUGGAGACUGAUGCCAUGUUCAAACUCGACCACGGUGGGAAAGACAAGGAGAAGCUUAAGAAGGCUCUGCCCUCUCUGUCGGAGAUCCAAGAAUACCAGUCCACCUGGAAGGACGACUUCCAGCUCAACAGCAGCCUCCGCAGGAAGUUCAGGACGGAGAAGAAAGUUAUAGCUGAGCAGGAGGAGACGGAUAACGCGGUGAGGAUGAGGACCAACCUGUCCAUCCCACUGCUGCCAGAGAAGGAGGAGGACAAGAGACUGGCAGCGCUGCUCACCUACCAGGCGCCUGACUCCUACGAUGACAAGCAGCACAGCAAGAGGAAAGAGAUCUCCACUCGUUCUUGGUUCAGCGCACCUUCAGCCUCACCUGGAGGUGCUGCAGGUAGUCUGCUCCAGAAGCUCGGCCUGCAGGGGAAAGAAGCAGCGGUGGCCAAAGCGCUGAGCUCCUCACCAAGCACCCUGAUCCGCAAACGCACAGGAGGACCGGGAGUCAAAUCUGAGCCCUGUGCCACCAUCACUCGCAGACGGUCGCAUCCUGAAACCAACACGUGUAAUGGAGAGAUUUCUAAGGUCUCUCAGAAGGAGGAAGACCAAAGUUCAUCACCAACACAGGUGGAACAGGAGGUAACAGGGACACAUGACAGUGGCUCCAUGGAGACACAUGUUAGAACUACAGAGGAAGGACUGACAAACGGGAAGGACUCUGGGAAAGAGAAAGAGAAGGAGCAGGACAGAAGUUUAGGAGCUGUCACAUCUCUCGUGGCGGACUACAGUGACUCAGAUUCAGACUCGGGACAGUGAGUCUGGGUGAGAAAAUAAAUGGGACUGUUUGUUUUCAGUGAAUGGAGGUCAAUGUGUCAUUUUGUGAGAGUGACAAGAGAUCUGCUGUAACCUGUCAUGGUUAACUCGCCCGUCUGCUCACAGUGGAAAUAUUCUGAUUUCUGAAAUGUGUGAAUUUUAAUAUGAAGUUUGGUUCUUCGCCGAAUGUAACCUAGUGAAUGUGUUAUACUGAUGUUCAAACCUGUUAGGAGUGUAACAACUUCAGUUCUGAGUAGAAAACCAAUCAAAUUGUGGAUUGAGUUGUAAAAAUCAAAGGCGAGAUUUUUACUUUUUUUUUCUUUCCACACUCGCCGAGUGAAGAAAUACAAAAAGGAUGCUGAUGUUUUGCAGGUGAGGAAACUCAUGUUGUUUCUAUUUUUGUGUUUAACAGUAAAAAUGUUUUCAUUACAUUGUAAAUAAAUUAUUUAAAUUUGACCAUACAGAGAAGAAUAUCACGGUUGAUACCAGGUAGCAUCCUUUUUAACGAAGAACUUGAAAAUGGAAGUGACAGUUGUCAGGCUGUGAAUUUCGAUCUUUAUACAUCAUAACUGGUGAGUCUUGCCACGGCAAAAAAGGUCUAUAAAUUAAAGAUUAGAUGGAACCGUGACUUCAAAAUUGGAAGCAAAAUUGUGGAUUCAUGGAUUUGGAGAAUAGUGACACAUUGUACGACCUGGUAAUAAUUAAUCCUUUGUGCAAACACUACAGACACAUCUGACCCCCACAUAUGUGUUCAGAUGACAGACCUGUCUGGCACUUGGUAGAAUAAAAUGCAAAAGUGUAAAAUA